AUGUUCUUUGUGCCAAAUAUGAUCGUUGUCGUGACGAGUGGAAAGAAUGCAGGAAAGAAGGCUGUUGUGAUAAAACAAAUCGACGAGAGAUAUGUUCUAACUGCAUGCGUCGUCAGGAUUCCAAAAGAGCCUGAGGACCACCAGCCCAAAUGGAUCAAGCGUAGAAAUGCCAAGUUCUACAUCAUACUCAAGAAGUACAACAUUGCUCACCUCAUUGCAACGAGAUACAAGGCAGAUCUAGGGCUAGCAACGAUUGACUACAGCGGGAUCGAGGACAAUGCAGAGACCAAGAAGGUGCUUACUAACAAAACCAAGGACGCCAUGAUGAAGGCGUGGAAGGAGAACAAGGCAAAGUUCCUCUUCUCAUCUCUUAGCUUUUGA